AUUGGACCAGACCGGCCGGUUGGGUUUCUUUUUCAGAAGGACAAGACAAUGUAUGUUUAUGAUAAGCGUUUUAAAUCCACACAACCCUUUAACAAUAUGCUCGUUUGAGAUUUAUUUAAAAACAUUUUAAAGUCUAUUGCAUCUGUCUGGAUACUACUCAUGGAAAAUGAAGAUAAUAUCUCGGAUGAAUUUCGGGUGCCUGUUGUCGUUCCGAGUAAACACAAUCCAAUACUCGAAAAACUUCUUGUAUUCAAAGUAUACAAGAGGAGAUGGUUCAUUUUGUUCGUGCUGUGCUUGCUGAAUUGCUCGAACUCUAUGUUAUGGCUGACCUUUGCUCCAGUGGCGGACCAGUCAGCCCAGUUCAUGGGUAUCACCCUGGACCAGAUCAACUGGCUGUCCAUCAUCUACAUGGUGGUAGCCAUACCUCUCAGCUUUGGGACCACAUGGAUGCUGGACACCUUAGGGCUCCGAAUCACGCUGGUGCUGGGUUCCUGGCUCAACAUGUUGGGCGCUGUGCUGCGUUUCGUGGGCGUCCUGGGGAGCAUUCCCAGUGCGGCCAAAUUCCCCGUGGUGAUGGGGGGCCAAACCCUGUGUGCCCUGGCUCAGCCCCUGGUAAUUUUCACCCCCACCAAGCUGGCAGCGCUCUGGUUCCCAGAGCACCAGCGGGCCACCGCCAAUAUGAUAGCCUCCAUGUCAAAUCCCCUUGGGAUUCUUGUUGCUAGCAUCUUUUCCCCUAUGAUUGUGGGGACCACCAACAACAUCCCUUCAUUGCUGUUCAUAUAUGCUGUACCAGCAGCCAUCAUCUGUUUCCUCGCAACAGUGGGGAUCCGUGAUAGUGCCCCCCCAACGCCCCCCUCAGCCAGUGCAGAAAGCUCCAACUCAGAGCCCUUCCUGGGGGGAAUCAAGCUAUUGCUGAAGAACAAGGCUUACAUGAUUCUCCUGCUGUGCUUCGGCUCGGGGAUCGCUGUGUUCACCUGCUUCUCUACACUGCUGGAGCAGAUCAUGUGUGUCCGAGGAUACACUAAUGACUUUGCAGGACUGUGCGGGGGUCUCUUCAUUGUGUUCGGUAUUGUCGGGGCUGGUUUCCUGGGACUGUACGUCGACAAAACCAAGAAGUUCACAGAGGCCACCAAGGUUAACAUGUGCCUUUCAGCACUGGCCUGCAUUGCCUUUUCAGUGGUAUCUCAGAUGCGGAACCAGGGAAUAGCCGUGGCCGUUGUUUGUUCGUUAUUCGGCUUUUUCGGCUUCUCCAUUUACCCGGUUGCCAUGGAGUUGUCUGUGGAGUGCUCCUACCCGGUUGGAGAGGCCACCUCAGCCGGCCUCAUCUUCAUAUCAGGACAGAUCCAGUCAGUUAUCUAUAUACUGCUUCUUCAGGGGUUGACCAAACAAAUGGCCGACUCGCCCUUCUCUACCUGUUCUGCAGGAGGAGAUGCAGCCUUGAGUUGGAGGGUGCCCGUGCUGGUGAUGGCAGGUCUGUGCAGUGUCUUUACCUGCUGCUUCGCUAUCUUCUUCCACACAGAGUACAGGAGACUGGACGCUGAGGCACAGGCUGGUGGAAAAAAGCCAACUCUGACAACCUGUAACAACUCCAACAAGCCAAACUCUGAUGACCCGCCAAACUGACAACACACAAGACUCUGACCAAAAGGAGGAACAGGCCAGUGGUUAACUGAACUGCUAUUGAGAUGACCACCUCAAUGGCAUCGUUUCGGAAGCACGCCAACUCUCACAGGAGGCCAAGUGUAUUGACUUAACAAUACAUUCCUUUAUAUAUUUAUAGACAAUUUCACUUUAUAGUACAAGUAUAGUCUCUAUAGACAGACUGGUUGCCUCCCAUAAUGUACCAAUGCUCCAGCUUACACGUCUGAAGAAGUUCUGGCGUCAGCUGGGACAGAGGACGAGUCGGAAAUGGGAUGCACAACACCUAGUGCUCUUGCUCCUAGGUCUGGGUUUCCGAGACUAGUACAAAUACCCUAUAAAAUGUCUGAUUACUAUUGUAAGUCAAUGGUAAGGAAGGCAUUUAGAAUGUAACUGAAAGGUUAUUUCUCCCUUUGCCAUAUGGCUUCAUUCUCUCAUCUCAAGUGAAUGAUUACAUUUUUACAUAGUGAUAUUUUAUUUUACAGUGAUGGUAAACUGGGCUUUCCUUUUAAUACAGGUAUGCACUGAAUAGCACCUUUGUACUGAGGCGGAGCAGAGUUGAGGUCAUUUCUGCUCUGUAAAAUUGGACAUAUUUUGCAUGCAAAAGGAAUUUCAAUGGAAUUAAACGGAUGUUGAUGGGCAUAUAUGCUUUUGGGGUGUUAAAAAGGUACAGACUAGUUCAUGAAAAAAUCCAGAUACAUAAAUUAUGUCUGUUCCACUUUCUUUUAUACAUUCAAUUGUGUAAAUUGUGUGUUAAGUGCUGUUUUAAACUACUCCUGUAAAUAUACAAAAACAAUAGUUAUUAAAUCACCCACUUUUGACUUCCAA